AUGGAAGAGAUUGAUGUUCUGCAAAACAUUACGGAACAGAGAGUGGUACAACGUUUUGUACUAGCAACAUUCUAUUUUGCCAACGGCAAAGAGCGAUGGGGCAAUUGGCUCAACCACAGUGUUCAUGAGUGCGUUUGGUAUUCAAGUUUGAAGGACUUUUAUGUCAUUUCUUUUGCCUAUAUAGUCUUCCCGCUGCAUCACAUCAGUCCCUGUGAGCAAGACCCAGCUGGAUAUCUAGAGGAUGGCAUCUUGUAUCAGGGAAAUGGAAUCAUCAGACACUUGUGGCUGUCAUUGAGGGUACUGAAUGGCCUGAUGGUAUCAGAGAUUCCACCUGAGCUCCACUUGCUUACUGAACUUAAGAGCUUGGCAUUGGAUGCAUUCAACCUUACCAGCACUAUCCCAGAAAACCUGUUUGACCUUCCCAGUUCUUUGGAGCUUAUUUCGAUCACUGCUGGUGGCCUUUAUGGAUCCAUUCCUGAGGCAAUUGGGAGAUUCUCAGAACUUGCUGUUCUCUACUUUGCCACCAACUCUUUGACGGGAACUAUUCCAUCAUCCCUGUAUUCCCUUACAAACUCCAUGAGAAGCAUUGCUCUAUUAGAAAAUCAGCUGACAGGACCAUUACCAACAGAACUGGGAUUGCUUACUAAUUUACAGCAUAUAUGGGUUCAAACCAACUUAUUCACGGGUACCAUUCCCACAGAACUGGGACAAUUGACUCUAUUGGAUAGAUUAGAUCUUUCCUUCCAUAUGUUGAGUGGCACUAUCCCAGUGGAGCUUUCAGUUCUUACAGACAUGGUAAAUCUGUACAUGCAUGACACAUACCUUUCAAGGACAAUCCCCAUGUGGCUUGGCAACAUGACAUCCCUGGACACAUUGUCGCUGGGGGGGAACUCCUUUACUGGGAUUAUCCCAACCGAACUUGGCCUUCUAACAAAGAUGUCUGUCUUAUGGCUUGGUAUGAAUGCUUUGUCGGGCACAAUCCCGAGCGAGAUUGGAAUGUACGAGCAAGUGAUUGUGUUGAGCUUCGAAAACAAUGAUCUGACAGGAACUAUUCCAACAGAGCUUGGACUGCUUACCCAUUGUCUGUAUCAGUUGUGGCUGUUUGACAACGAUUUGACUGGAAUAGUGCCUUUGGAGCUUGGCAAUGUUCCUUUCCCUGCACCUUACGGUGAAGUCUUUUUGCAUGGAAAUGAUCUUUCUGGCAUUAUCCCUGAGAGCUUGUGUUCUGCCAACAGCCUUUAUUUUGACUGCAGCACCUUCCUGUGCGGAUGUGACUUGUGUAACUGUUCUGACGUUGAAACAUUACCGAUCCAGGAUGGAGAGACUGCCGAUGAAGAUGGUCAGCUGGUCAGCGAGGCAAACCAAACUGAAGGGAGCCAAACUGGACUAUGA